AUGCCUCUGGUCGAAGUUCUAGGCACAUCCCGCUCCCAUGCGACCCCCGGCUGGGCCUACGUACCCGAAACCGCCCUCCAAAAAUCAUCUACCGCAUUAACCACAAGCCGCAAACGCGGAAUCCGUGAACCCGGCCGUUCGGGCGGCGGCACAGACUUGACAUCUCGACAGAACCAUGCCAUAAUCCGGCAUUUGGCCGAACUCGAUCGCGAAAACCAUCGCGAUAAUGUGCACAUUCCGGUCCCCGCGCGGAAGGAUGCGAUUCAGAGGGAUAAUGGGAAGGGGCCGAGGGCGAAGACGACGAGUAAUGUGAGACGGAUUUUGCAGAGUCAGAAGACGUUUAAGAAUUAUUUGGAUGAUGAGGAUGCUGCUUUGGCUCAUUCUACGACUACUGGUGGUGCAGCGGCCGGGGUGAUACCUGCUGCCAGUGCUGGGGUGUCGAAGGUGGCAAGAGUUGCUGCGAGAAGGAGUUUGACACCUGCUGCUGCUGCUACUGCUGCUACACAGGAUGCCUUGACGACACGACAAAAGCGUGCGUUGGCGAGGAAGACUACAUCAGAUACCACCGCCGAGACACCCGCAACCAAAAAACAAAAACCCGAACAAGCCAAAACCACUGAAGACGUUCAAGGAGAAGAAAUGGACCUCGACUCCCCCCAACCAAUCCAAAAAGGUCUCCUCAAGACCGCCCACGACAACGACCACCUCCUCAAAUCCUACAUACCUUUACCGCCAUCUGAUCGCCUCAUGGCCGCUCUUCUGGCCGAACCGCCAUUACGAUACCACGCAGCUCGCGCGGCGCCGUCAGCUACACACAAACCUGCGCGCAGGUUUUGUACGAUUUGUGGGUAUUGGGGGAAGAUAAAAUGCAAGAAUUGUGGGGUGAGGACGUGUGGGCUGGAGUGUUAUAAGGUUCACGAGGAUUCGAGGUGUGGUGCUUUCUUUUAG